CCCGGCCGCGGACCGGCUUCCGCUUCCGGGUGGCGAUUGUCUGGCGCGCUGUUGAAGCUCAGCGGUCGCCAUGGAGCUUUCGGGCGAGUACGUCGGCUGUGACGGGGAGUCGCGACGGCUUCAAGUGUCCUGUGAGGCGUCGGGCGACGCGGACCCUCUCCAGAGCUUGGCUGCGGGCGUGGCCCAGAUGAAGGAGUUGGUAGCCGAGUUCUUCGGGUCCCUAGUGGAGCAGGAUGCGCAGGGCAUGGCGGCAGAUCCGGACGACGCUUUGGAUGGCUCCUGGACCUCUGCGGCUUAAAGAGACGGAGCGCGCACAUCCCUGUGAGUGGCGGCGCCCAGAGCGAAUUACAGUUUACAUAACCUGGGCACCAUGACACUGAGACUCUUAGAAGACUGGUGCCGAGGGAUGGA